GCGAGUACGAAUUGUCAUCAGUUUUUCAGCCGGUAUUACAUCGCUCCUCUCAUUAAGUAUCACAUAUGUUAUACAAAAACACUUAGACGUGCGGUUUCAAUUUAUUUUCGUCAUAACUGUGCAAUUUAAACAAGUGUGACAUUAUUGUAUACCUACUCGCGUAGGUAUGAAUUGUGAACCAUUUGAAAUUCUAAAGUGUGCGUUCGGUGAGAGAAAACUGUUUUAAAAGUCUUCAAACUUGAUGGAAUGAUUUUCUCUUCGAUAUCAGCAUGAACAAUUGUAAUGAAGAAAAUGUUUCAAAUCCACCGAAAAGUAAUAACCAGAAAUCACGAUGUGGCGUGAGUGCGUGUUAUUCAGUGGUAAUCAAGGUACAAUGUUUACUUUCUCGGAUUAUUAGGGUGAUUCGAAGACACAUGUUUGGCAGAAUUUUGAACACGUUCCUAUUUUUAGUUGUCCUGAGUUCAAUAAUUCUUAUUGUUUAUAUUUAUUUUAGAGAAGAGCCACAAGUUGACGGUUGGGAAAAAGGCAAAAUUCGCCGAGCAUCGUUAUACGUUCACCCAAAUAACGACACAUCAUUCACUCACGCAGAUGCAAAUAUUUGUUCAACCGAACAACCUUUGGUGAUAAUCAUAAUUUGUUCAGAUACAAAAAAUAUUAACCCACGUAUGGCUAUACGUGAAACUUGGGCCAAUGAUGCCAAAAAGUACAACAUUACGGUUUUAUUUUUAGUUGGCAUCAGUAAAGAUGAAGACAUUAAUAUGAAAACGUUAAAAGAAAGUACUCAAUACAAAGAUAUAAUUACCGAAGAUUUUAUUGAUACAUAUAAUAAUUUAACCAUCAAGUCAGUUUUUAUGUUAAAAUGGGUGAAGAAUAACUGUAUGCAAGCUCGUUUUCUAAUGAAAGCAGAUGAUGAUUCAUAUAUCAACAUUAAAAAUUUAUUCGAAUACGCUUCACUAGUCAGAGAUGAAGAUUUAAGCACUUUUCUCAUUGGUAAUACACUCGGAGCGGGUGAUAGUCCAAAUAUUCCUCCUAAUAGAUUUUAUGACUCAAAAUGGUAUGUGCCUUCAUACAUGUAUCCAUAUGAUGAGUACCCAAUUUAUGUUAGUGGUGCUGCUUAUCUUAUGUCAACUCAAGUAGCUGAAAAACUAUACAACCAAAGUUUACAAAAUGAGUUUAUCCAUGUGGAGGAUGUUUAUAUUACAGGAAUGUGUGCUCAACAAAUCAACAUCAAACCAAAGGACAAUAAGUUAUUUCAUUUUUUCGAGAAACCUCUUCCCGAUGUGAAAUGUGGAACUAAUCAAUCUCAGCUAAUUGUGCUGAGUCAUCAAACCGAUGUCUAUCAUAUGUAUAAAUUUCACAAUGAAUUGAAAGAAUGUUGAAUUAUCAUUUUUAAAUUGUAUUGUAUUAGUAUAAAUUGUCAAUACUGUGAUGUUUGUUUAAUGUGUACUAUUGUUUUAAUUAUUUCUAAUUACGAUUUUAAUUUUGCUAUUGUUCUCGUUUUUUUUAAAUUAAAAAAAAAAUUAUCUACCUAAAUUGCGCUUUCUUAUGCUGUACCUAAAUUUUAAGAUUUUUUUUUCAUAUACACCAUAACAAAUGUCAUUACUUGGAUUUUUUCCCUUAUUAGUCCUGUAACAUUUCGUUUUGAUGUCAUUCUGGAGGUUCUACAUACUGUUUGAUAAUUAUAACUUUUUUAAAUAA